AUGGAUGCCAAGAAAAAGUAUUACAGAAUUGAUGGUAUGCCUCUUGCCAUGCAAGUUUGGAUAUAUGAAUGUUGUUCUGCUGUUGAUCUGAAUAUUGCUGAAAAGAAGACCAAUUGUAUUCCCAGACUGGUCAAUUGGAGGACCAGAAACAACAGAAUACAUUAUGAAUUCCUUAUGGAAGGAAUGUUCGGUGAUAACGGCAAUCCGUUAAAAUACAAAAACAUUCAACCUUCACUAAAGGAGAUUGCAUUUUAUCAGCUUCCAUCAAAGAGUGAUGCAAUCCCCGAGAAUACCUUUCAAAAUGUUGGCGACAAAGAUGAUGAGGAAGAUAAUGAUUUCACUUCAAAGCCUCCAAGUCAUAAGCCACACAAUAAAGAAAAAGGUAAACAGAAGGUAACUGUUUCAUUGUCCACAUCGAUCAAAAAGUUCAAUAUGCAUGCAGGUUCGAGUUGUAAGGAGAAAAGUCCACCAGUAUUGCAUGGUUACCGUAAGGCAAAGAGUACACCCUUUAGUUCUGUUUCAACCCCCUUGGAGAAUAAUGUACCAAUACAGGAGUUGCAUAAUCAGCCCGAUGAAUCUACCAACACUACACCACCAAGGAGUUCGAAACAACCUCAAGAUACCAAGGCAGGCGGAAUUGGUGACAUUGCAUACGAUAUGACGUAUGUGGAUGAUAUACCUCAACAGGGAUCAGCAUUUGUCGAGUACCUAAGUGAGGGUGAAGGCAUUCCAGUUCAAUACCUUGAUUCUAAGUUACACCGCAUCAGAUACGGUGCACUAUUGUGGCAAUAUGCAGUGAAGAAGAUGGAAGAAGGGGAUGUUAGCGAGAAUGAGGCACCACCCAGAAUGAUGAGGCCACCCGCAAGAAUCGAUAAUAGUCAACUUGUUAGGAUUGAUUAG